GAUGACGUGGCAUUGUUAUCGUCUCUUCUGAAGAUCGCCAAAAGUCAGUCUUUCUCUAUUGGGUCUCCGGCGACUUUAACAAAGUGGGUCCCACGUUUCCUUCUCCUACUUGUUACUUGUUUACUUCACUCCGCCAUUGGGACAUUUCUUCCUCCACUCACCAACUAUCUUCUCUCCGACUCUGACUCUCAUCGGCCUACACCAACAUGGCUGAACUUAUCGGCGGCGAAGUUAAAAGCCUUGAGGUGCAGAGGCGUCGCCCAAAACCUCGCCACCAUGAUCGAGGGUGUUCAACCCACCAUCAAGGAGAUCCUCUACAGCGGCGUGGAGGUCAGUUCCCAUCGCCAGGUCCAGCUGCGUAUGUUCUCCGAAACCCUAGACAAGUGCAGGAAGCUCACCGAUAAGGUUCUCAAAUGCCACCGUUGGAACAUGGUUCGUCAGCUGUACCACGUCAAGAAAAUGGAGGAUCUAGAGAAGAAGAUCUCUUCUUUCAUUCAGAGCAUGCCUCUCCACAUUCUCGCUGACGUCCAUCACCUUCGUGCCGAUUCUGAAGUGCGCUUGGAUCGAAUCGACAGGAGUUUCAAUAGCUUGAAUGAGAAGCUGGGCUCUAUGAAAAUCAGGGGAGGUGAAUUAAUGCGGGAGGCGAUGAAGACGGCCGAGGCUACGAUGGAGACGGUGAUAGAGGGCGAUUUGGGAAAUCUUGGGGUUGGGUUGGAUCUGGGAAAGAGGAAGGUGAAGGAGAUGAUGUUUAAUCUGAAGGACGAAGCAAGACUUAUUGGGAUCUCAGGGAUGAGCGGUUCAGGCAAAACCACUCUUGCUAAAGAGCUUGCGCGGGACGAGGAUGUCCUAGGCCACUUCGGGCACCGAGUUUUGUUUCUGACCGUGUCACAAUCUCCCAAUCUUGAGGAGCUGAGGGCACAUAUUUGGGGAUUUCUUACUGGUUUUGAGGCUCGAUUUGGUGCCACUCCUCAGGCAUCGAUUGGUCAAUUACAGAAGCUAGUGAUCCUAGAUGAUGUUUGGACAAGGGAAUCCCUGGACCAGCUGAUGUUUAAGAUUCCUGGAACCACAACUCUUGUGGUCUCACGGUCUAAACUUGCAGAUCCUGGAGCCACCUAUGAUGUAGAGUUGCUAAACGAAAUUGAAGCAACGUCUCUGUUCUGUCUCUCUGCUUUCGACCAGAAAUCAGUCCCUUUGGGGUUCAGCAAAGAUUUGGUCAAGCAGGUUGUUAAGGAGUGUAAAGGUCUGCCUUUGGCUCUGAAAGUUGUUGGUGCUUCGUUGAAAGGCCGACCUGACAAAUAUUGGGAAGGUGCAGUGAACAGGUUAUCAAGAGGUGAACCUGCUGAUGAAACUCAUGAGAGCAGAGUGUUUGCUCAGAUAGAAGCAACCCUAGAAACUCUGGACCUUAAAACCAGAGAAUGUUUCUUGGAUAUGGGUGCUUUCCCUGAAGACAAGAAGAUCCCUCUUGAUGUCAUCAUCAACAUGUGGGUUGAGAUGCAUGGUCUCGAGGACGCGACUGCUUUUGCUGUUCUUGUUGAUUUAUCAAACAGGAACCUCCUUACUCUCGUGAAAGAUCCAAGGUUUGGCGCCAUGUACACAAGCUACUAUGAUAUAUUUGUGACGCAGCAUGAUGUUCUAAGAGACCUAGCAAUUCAUCUUAGCAACCGUGGCAUAGUAAACAGAAGAGAGCGGCUAUUAAUGCCGAAAAGAGAGUCGGUGUUUCCCAGAGAAUGGGAGAGGAAAAAUGAUGAGCCAUUCAAUGCCCGGGUGGUUUCCAUUCACACAGGCAAGAACUCGUUAUACAACGAUCUUCUAAUCAAUUGGUUUGAGGAAAUGACGGAAAUGGAUUGGUGUGACAUGGAACUUCCUAAGGCAGAAGUUCUGAUAUUAAACUUCACUUCGGACAACUACGUACUGCCACCUUUUAUCGCUAAGAUGAGCAGGCUUAGGGCGCUCGUGAUUAUCAACAACAGUAUGUCUCCUGCGCGUCUACAUGACUUCUCAACCUUUACCAAUUUGGCCAAACUCAGGAGUCUCUGGCUUGAGAGGGUUCAUGUCCCUGAACUCUCUACCUGCACUGUUCCCUUGAGAAACCUCCACAAGAUGUCUCUGAUCCUGUGCAAAAUCAACGAUAGCUUUGAUCAGACAGCAGUAGACAUGGCCCAGGUCUUCCCAAAGUUAUCUGACCUCACAAUAGACCAUUGUGAUGAUCUUGUGGAGCUACCUUCGACCGUCUGUGGAAUCACCUCUCUCAACUCUAUCAGCAUAACAAACUGUCCCCGCAUCAGCGAGCUGCCUAAGAAUCUGAGUAAGCUAAAAGCCCUGCAGCUUCUGAGGCUUUACGCUUGCCCGGAGCUGAAAUCUCUGCCUGUUGAAAUCUGCGAGCUGCCAAGACUGAAGUACCUAGACAUCUCUCAAUGUGUGAGCCUGAGCUCUGUUCCGGAAGAGAUAGGAAAGCUCAGGACGCUUGAGAAAAUUGACAUGAGAGAGUGCAGCUUAUCGAGCGUACCGAGCUCUGCGGUUUCAUUGACUUCUCUACGCCAUGUAAUAUGCGAUAUAGAGUCUCUGUGGAUGUGGGAAGAUGUGGAGAAGGCGGUUCCAGGACUUCGUGUUGAAGCAGCUGAAAAAAGCUUCAGCCUGGAUUGGCUCGACGAG